AUGGCGCACGACAUAAAUCGCAUAAUACGGGAAACUAAAAUUACAGCGGAGUUUACCACAAGCAUAUAUGAGGUUAAAACUUCUCUCCAGAAUACAAUUAGAGAAGAAAUCGCCAAAAUGUCGCCUCCUCCUGUACAAGUUAAAUCUUAUGCUAGCGUCGCUUCAACCCCUUUUUUGAAACAAACUCAACCAUCCGCCACUCCAGCAACUAAGCCAGCCAUAAUAGUAACACCAACAACAACUGUCAAUUCCAGAGAGGAAAUCAUGGAGUCUUGGCGUAAAAGCAUAUGUUUUAAAAAAACUAACUAUGCACCUUCCAAAUUAAAAAUUAUCUCUAAUAACAAACUUAGGGUCGAAUUCGAUACUUGUGUACAGAGAGACGAUGCGUUGGAGCGAUUAAAAUCCGCCCCGGCUGUUACUGCCGUACCUGCGCGUAAAAUGAAUCCUAUGAUUAUAUUGAAAGGAAUCUCUCACGACGUUCCAUCUGAUGAGUUAGCUGACAUCAUUGCCGGACAAAACCAAGAACUCGGAGAACUUAUUGAAAACAAAGAUGACCUAUGCCUACGAUUCAAAAGAAAAAAUAGAAAUGAUAAACUAUACAACGCGGUAUUUAUAUGUAAACCACAAAUAUGGCGCAAAAUAAUUAACUUGGGUAGAAUCAACAUUGAUCACCAACGAAUUCAAGCCGAGGACUUUUCACCAUUUAUACAGUGCUUUAGGUGUCUGCAAUUCGGUCACGUCCAAAACAAAUGUCCCAACAAUACUCAUCCAUGCUCUCACUGUGCAGCAACUGACCACACGAUUACACAUUGUCUGCUAAAGACCGAUAAAUCUUCUGCUAAUUGUUAUAACUGUCAAGCGCACAAUAAUAAAUUCCAAACUAAAUUCAAUAUACAACACCCAGCUACUUCUCUAUCCUGUCCGAGAGUAAAAUCUAUGAAGGAGCGAAUAAGUCAAAGUAUCGAUUAUGGAUCCGACAACUAA